CAUUGUUCCGGAAUCACCACGAUGGUUAGUUUCGGUUGGUCGAUAUGCUGAAGCUAAAAGUAUUAUAAAACGUUUAGCAAAAAUUAAUGGACGAAAUGAGGUCGAUGUUGAUGAUCUAAUGAUAAGGUUCAUCCGAAACAAAUGUAAUGUAGCAGGACAUUCUAAUAAGUAUGGUUUAAUUAAUUUAUUCCGGACGCCAAAUCUUCGUAAGAAGACAAUUCUUAUCACCUAUAUUUGGUUUGUAAAUGCAGUUGUUUAUAACUGUUUAACAUAUAAUAUAUCAAAUCUUCCGGUUAAUGAUUUCCUAUCAUUUAUUAUCAAUGGUGCUGUAGAAUUGCCAGCUUAUUUUCUUAUAUGGCCAUUACUUGAUGCUAUUGGACGUCGAUGGUCACUAGCAGGACCAAUGAUCCUUGCAGGAUUAGCAUGCAUUUCAACAAUUUCAACAUCAAUUACUCAUGAACAUCCAUUAUUUGUUGCAAUAAUGGCAUAUGUUGGAAAAUUUGGAAUUGCUGCAAGUUUUGCCGUAAUAUAUUUAUUUUCCGGCGAAUUAUAUCCAACUGUUUUACGUGCACUUGGUAUGGGUAUGAGUUCAAUGGUUGCCGGUUCCGGUUUAAUUCUUGCACCAUAUGUUGUACGAUUGGGUGAUUACUUACGUAUUCUACCAUUGAUAAUUAUGGGUUUACUUGCAAUAUCAGCCGGAAUAGCAUCACUUUUUCUACCGGAAACAAUGGGUAAACCUAUACCACAAACAUUGGAAGAGGCAGAACGAUUCGGAAAAUCUCAAAAUUUUCAUUUCUUUACAAAGCGACAGGAACAUAUUUCCGGGACAUAUACAAGUUUGGCAGCGUUUAAUGCCGAAAGACAUUCUGAAGUUUUAGUUACAGAAAAAUCAUCAAUUACCGCACAUUCAUUCGAACUUCUCGGAUCAUUGAUAACGGAUGAGAAUAUCAAAGAAGUUUUGGUUUGA